GUGACUAGUGGGGGGCGUUGUCUUUUCCUCAGUCAGUGCGACGUUUUAUUGAAGUUGUAAGAUGGCGACAGUGCAUCUGAGGAUCGGGGAUCUGGUGUGGGGGAAGCUUGGUCGUUACCCACCAUGGCCAGGGAAGGUCGUAAGCCCUCCCAAGGACUUGAAAAAGCCCAGGGGCAAAAAAUGCCAUUUUGUGAAAUUCUUUGGAACUGAAGACCAUGCCUGGAUCAAAGUAGAACAGCUGAAGCCCUACCAUACCCACAAAGAAGAGAUGAUCAAGAUAAAUAAAGGCAAGCGUUUCCAGCAGGCGGUCGAUGCAGUGGAAGACUUCCUGAAGAAAGCAAAGGGGAAAGAACAGAACUCGGACGGCAAAGGAGACUCAAAAGGAAAGAAGACGCCCAACAAGCCACUAAAAAUACUGGAGGAGGAUGAUGAGGAUCUUAGUGCCCUGAAGGAUCCUUCUGAGAAGGACUUGACUGACUCUGACCCCGAGCCGUCCACUCUUGAGAGGCUGGGAGCUGGACCUGGCUCAGGAUUCAAAUGGGAGAGCAGUCCUGUGAAGGACGACCCACAUUUCCAUCACUUCCUCCUCAGCCAGUCUGAGAAGCCAGCAUCAUCAAUGGAACCCAUUAGCAAGCGGCUGAAAAUCGUUGAAGAGGACUCAGGGUCAACAUCUAUCCAAGCAGCAGACAGCACGGCCAUCAGUGGUAGCAUCACACCCACAGAUAAAAGGAUAGGGUUCCUGGGUCUGGGGCUGAUGGGUAGCGGUAUAGUUUCCAACCUGUUGAAAAUGGGUCACGUUGUCACAGUGUGGAACCGCACAGCAGAAAAGUGCGACCUGUUCAUCCAGGAAGGGGCCAGGUUAGGCCGGACUCCUGCUGAGGUGGCUUCCACGUGUGAUAUCACUUUCUCCUGUGUCUCUGGCCCAAAGGCUGCCAGGGAUUUGGUGUUCGGGCCCAGUGGAGUGCUGCAGGGAAUCAGGCCAGGCAAGUGCUAUGUAGAGAUGUCCACUGUGGACCCCGAGACCAUCAUCGAACUCUCACAGGUGAUCACAUCGCGGGGUGGCCGUUUCCUGGAGUCCCCGGUGGCAGGUAGCCAGCAGCUCUCCAACGAUGGGAUGCUGGUCAUCCUGUCAGCCGGCGACAGGACCGUCUACGAGGAUUGCAGCAGCUGCUUCCAGGCCAUGGGCAAGACCUCCUUCUUCCUUGGGGAAGCAGGCAAUGCAGCGAGGAUGAUGCUGAUCCUCAACAUGGUGCAGGGUAGCUUCAUGGCAACCAUUGCAGAGGGGCUAACCCUGGCCCAGGCCACCGGCCAAUCACAGCAGACCUUCCUGGACAUCCUGUGCCAGGGCCAGAUGGCAAGCACCUUUGUUGACCAGAAAUGCCAAAAUAUUUUACAGGGCAACUUUAAGCCAGACUACUAUUUGAAACAUAUUCAGAAGGACCUGAGGCUAGCCAUCUCCAUGGGUGACAUGGCCAACCACCCAACCCCAAUGGCUGCAGCGGCCAAUGAGGUUUACAAGAGGGCCAAGGCACUGGACCAGUCAGACAACGAUAUGUCUGCAGUCUACAGGGCCUACAUUCACUAGACCUAUCCUCUCUGGACCACGCAGGCUUUAAUCCCUUCUUAUUUCUCCUUUGUCAUGUAAUGAGUUUUUUAUAUUUUAUUUUAAAUUCCAGUUUUUAUUUUGCCACAGUGCAAGCCAUGUUAGCUGCCCACACGUCAUGGGGUUGUUGUUGUUUUGUUAGAGACAACUGUGAGCAUUGCACUGCCUGUACUGGGGAAUAAAUGCUGUAAGAGGGCUCCAGAUGAGGUCCUGCUUUCUGACAACUGAAAUAUGGUCCAAGUGAUGCAGGGCGAGGAGGAGGGGUCCAGAGCCACUGAAGAGCAGAUUUUUGUUGUUGUUCAUGUGCAAAUAUACAAGUAUAUUUAAUUAAGUGUGAUCUUUGUUUUUCUUUUAAAAUGUCCAUAAUUUCAUGAGAGAAAACACCAAGAACAUGCCACUGCAUUGCCUUAAUAUUGUACACCACGCCCCGCGCCCCCCUUCAAUUCUAGUAUUUAUUUAUGUUUCUUUCUAGGUAUUCUUAGUGCAGUGUGGCCAUGGCUUGUUUCUUUAUUUUAGAAGAUAAUUUAUGCUUUUGCUUUGGUGUUAUUGAUUCUUCUUGAAUAGGUUAAAGACGGAGCAACCGAUUUGUUGAGGCCUUAAAAUGCAGUAAUUGAUCAUUCUAAUCUAGGCUUAAGAUGUUCACAUUCGAAACCCUUUGUUCUUGUAUUUGGAGGAGUACUCAUUUACACUGGUUUUCUUUAUUUUUUCAUAUGACUCAGAAACUAGAUAUCCACUUUUUGAGUUCCAUUUUAACUGAAAGUCAUAUUUAAGCCCCAAUCUGUGAACAGUCUGGAACCUGACCUAUAAUCACGGCGGUCAUUGUAUAUGUGCUAAUGGAUACUUAAGAAUUAUAUGUUUGAGCUUAUUUUCAAAUUGUGUCUCCAGAGAGCAUCAAGUUAGUUUGUAUUCUGUACCCACUGUCCGGAUAUCAAACGCAACGCUUCAAUAAACACAUUUAAAUGAAUGUUAUACAACAAAA